GAAAUGACUUGGCCAUAUAAAAAUUGAUAUAGUUAAUAAUUGUGAUAAGAUAGUUCAGACUUUCAGGAUGUGUUUAUUGCGAAUGCUCAUGCCUCGAUAACGAUACAAAUUGUGAUAAAUUGUGCAGCCCUAGUAUAUUAACUGUGACAUAUCUGUAAACGUUAUAAGCCUCCUCUGACUUUGACAAUGUUUACUCACCUUUUUCACACUACAGCGAGGCUUCAGAGUAGGACCUACACCAUGUGUGUUUAGAACUUGUUCAAAUUUACCUUACAGGAGGUGACACAAUCAUUCUGUAAGCCACUGAAGUAAAGGGUGUUAAUGUAAGCUUAUUACACAGAGAUCGAAAAUAAAACACUUGGGUUGCUUUCAUAGAGGCUGUGUCUUCAACAUGUGGAGGACCACGUUAUCACUGUUUGGCUAAUUCAUUGCAGAAAACAAUGAAACGUGCCACUCUGCCUCAGCUUCUAGAUGGGUGAAUCAGGCUCACGCCGUUCCACACUUGUGUCCCGCCUGCCCAUCUUCCGCCGCAGCAACAGUAAGAGGCAGGAGUCUCUCCCCUCCUCCCCGUCUUCGGGCGGAGUGGGAAAUGGCGUCCACAGUUCUUCGCCCUCCAGCACCAACUCCAGCUCUGGCAGUACGGGGAAACGCCGGAGCCUUUUCCGCACUCCAUCUCUCAGUUUCACAUCGAAGCGGAACAGCGAGCCACGUGUCCAGCCGAUCAACCUCAACCUCACGCCGCCACUGACAUCGGGCACAGAUUCAAACGGAAACAACCAACAAACGAUACCGACGUCGGUGUCAGCGGGGUUCAGCGAUGGUGGUGGACGCCCUAAGCCUCGCCACUCAUUUGGGUUUGGCAGCAACAAGCAAAAGAAAAUCACACGCUCUCAGACUGAGGAUUUUGACAAAGCCUCCUCUUCGUCCUCCUCAUCCAAUCGAAAUGUGUUUAUAAACUGCAUCAGCGGUUCAGGGGCUAACGAGGGCGAUGACUCCGGGUUCCUCGAUGACUACAGUGGGGGCAGCGCGACCAACAAACGAUCGUCGCGCCAGAAGAAACAGCUGCUGCCAAAAUCUUUCUCAGCUCACCACCGCUUCUCUCGCAACUCCGACCACCACAGACCACCAGAAGUGAACUUAGAACCCCCGAGCUCCACCACCAAUACCCCUGAGGCCGGAGGGCUCACCCCGGGCUCUUUGCCUGGUGAGCUGCUGGGUGCUGGCGGUGAAAGCUCACUCCAGUCCCCGAUGAUAUCAGAGGACCGAACCACUGCCAUCACCCCUUCAGAGUUCAUCCCCAUUACGGAGGAUUCUGUAUCAGAGGUGGAUGCUCUGCCAGCUCCAAGCCCUGGAUCUGGCUUAGCCCCAGGACCUGAUUCUGUACCAGGACUGGCUGUUGACAUGGCUGCACAGGAGCCUCUGCCUGCUCCAGAGAACUUCAGUGUGGUUGUCUCUACCUCCCAGGUUUUCUUCACUCCAGCCCAGUCCUGCACUGAAAAACCUCUUCUACCUGACACCAGCACGGCCAACAACACAGACUACGAGACUGCCGUUUCCCUCUCAGAGCCCGAGACGGCUGUGCCCUGCCUACCUCUGCAGGAACAAUCGCUUGAAGAGAGGAAGGAGAGGGAGGAAGAGAGAAGGGAAGCGAAGGAAGCGAAGGAAUCGAGGGAAGAGGUGUUUGCAGAGCAGAGGAAGGGGUUAGUGGAGAAGAGGAAGUCGGGUUACAUCACAGAGACCACAAGUGAGAGCGAGGGGUGUCACUCCAACCCAGAGCAAUCGGAAAGGAGGGCAAGAAACACACUCUCUGUUCAAGAAAGAGGAAGCUUCUGUGGCUGCCAUGAACCCAGACCCUCUCACUUGAGGAAACCACACGCAGCCUCUCUGUGCAGCAGCGUCAGCCCCUACCAUGAGGUGAUGCGGAUGGAAAGGCGUCUGCGCUCGUCUUCUGAGGGGGCCGGUGGGCCUCGUGUCCAUGGAAACCACAGAGAUGCCCUGGGCAUGGAGGGAUGUGGUCUACUCAAACACAGAAACAACUCGUCAUCAUCAAAAAUGGGAAGUCUGGAUGUUUUAAACAACCUGGGCUCCUCUGAGCUGGAUGAAGAUGAUCUUAUGCUCGACCUGGACCUCUCUGACGAUCAACGACAUCGCCAUGUCUCCAGAGAAAACUCCAGCCAGUCCCUUGCCUCCUGUCUCAACCUGCUCCACUCCCCCAUGGACCCAUCAGGGGAACGCAUCCUGGGAAAAGAAAACCAGAGGGAGCCCAGCCGUCCAACCAGCCUGCUGCCCAAUGACUGGAGCUUCGGGCCGGCAUUGGGGAGGGAGGAUGAGCCUCUUACUCCGGGGCUGGAGACCCUUCCGCUUCGACUGAUGCAGCAGGACUGUACAGCUGUCAAGACCCUUCUUUUAAGGCUUAGACGGACACUGCAAGAGAGCACAGAGACGAGUCCUGCCAGCAGCCUCCAGUCUCUACCCAUCAGCCCUUGCAGUGAAAAGUCCCUUCCAUUUAAGGAUCCCAGCAGAGAGGAGGCCUUGAUGCAACAGCUGAGAGAGAAAGAUGAGCUGAUUCUCAGACUUCAGAGUGAACUGGAGAGUGCCAAAGCUGCCCUGAAGAUGAAAGACUGCCAAAUGACCGACCACACGACACAGACCGAACACAUGGGGCCAGAGACCAGUCAUCCAGGCCGGUUGUCAGGACUCGGCAGCAGCAGCAGUCUGGCCCAAAGGGACCGAAGAUCAGCACGGGGAGCGGGGGCAGCACUCGGAGGGGACCCCUCUAACCACCUCCCCCAUUACCACCCACCUCUGCACGGCCGGCCUCCUGCUUCUGAACGACUCACGGCCAGGGAAGAGCGUCUGCGCUACCUGGGGGUUUUGGCACAGUCCUCAGCUCCAGGUCUGGCUCCAGGCUCCUCCAACCUAUCCUCUGCCACCUCCUCUGUGUCAGCCUCACCUGCUCCCCCCGCCCAGCUUCAACCCUCACACCAUCCGGGCCUCAAUCCAAAUCAAUGCCCAGGUGUCGGUUCAGCAGCUGCUAAUCACUCCUCAAUUCCAUCUCUGUCCUCCAGGCAGCCGGAGGGGGUGUCCUCUUCUUCUGAAUCCUUAACUACAGGAGGAGGAGGAGGUGGUGGAGGGAGCCUGUCGGGUGGGGUGAGGAGAGGAGGAGGAGAGCACCAACCUCCCAGCCAUAUUCCUCGUGCAGUGGGGGCCGGCUCCUCUUCAAGCCUGCUCAGUCUUGCAAGCAGAGGGAGCCCCUCUGCGAGCAUCUCAUCGUCCCAAGCCCAAGCCUCCCCUCCACCGCCUACCCCCUCCCCUGCCUCCUCCGCCUCCUCUACAUCCUCCUCAUCCUCCACGUUUACAGGUCGUUUAGGACAACCACCCCGAGGCCCCCUGUCUCUUCAUAGCUACAGUCGUAAAAAUGUCUUCCUCCAACAUUCCCUACACACUUCUGAGCUGCAGGCUCUGACCCAGAGAGACAGUUGAGGGGGCAUUAACAUUAACACUAUCCCAGCCAUGAGCAGCCAUAUUGACUUAGGUGACAAAAUGUUUGAUGUUUGAAAAACCUGCUGCUUCGUCAUUUCACUUUUCACAUGCUUCACUAUCAAAAUUCCCUCAAAAUCAUCUCCGGCACGUGCUUACAUGUAAAAUCACAUUUUUUUCUCUUCACAAUCCAGACCGCCCCUUUCCUGGAGAUUUUCUUCACAGAUUUGCUCACUUAAACACUCAUACGCGGGGUCACACACACAUGCACAAACACAGAGACACAUAUCAGGCUGUGAGUAUGAAAAAGGCACUCACCCGUCUAUCAGAACUCCCACGUUGUGUCAUGCUGACAGUUUAGAUGUGCUUACGCCCACAGACGCACAGAGUGCACACAGACUCACAACCCUCACACACAUGCUCACAUACACAGAACUCGUAGUCACACACACUCUGAUACACACACUCACACAGAGACAUCAUCUGUGAUAUCUCUGCCUAACAAUCUGCACAAAUAGCAGAGCAUUACAUCUGAGUUAAGAGAAUGAGUUAUGUAUUUGUUUUUGCAUUCCAAGAUAUGUUUUUUUUUACCCAUUUAUUUUAUCAUUACCAGUUUAAACCAUGUGCUGCUUUAGGAAUAACGGCUCUAAACAUAAUUUAUGUUUAUAAGGAUACACUCUCACAUUGCCAAAUCGGACAUUAGAUCAUUCCUCUUUUGACAUCCAGAUCAGAAACUCAGUUAAAGUCCUCAUGAAACAGAAACUGGGGAGUAUCUAACUGCCGUGUAGUGCAGAUGCUGCAUUCAUGUGCUGCUCGGGUGGUCCAAGUUUCUGAGUUGAGAAGUCGUUCUUCUGACUUCAGUGUGUUCACGUGAUUUCAGUUUGUAAAUUCUGAAUUUUGUAACAACAGCAAAAAACAGCGUUGAUGCUACGAAGAUGAGUGAAGAGUAACUGUUAAAAGUUAUAUUUGAGCAAAAAGCUGAUGUGCAAUACGUUAAUUAUUUAAAAGGUAUGUUGACAUUAACAAAACGUUAUUUUGCCCCCCAUGUGAUGACCAUUCUGACGGCAAGUCAGUCAAUCAUUCUUUUCCAAGUUUCCGACUUGAGCGGGUGUUCGUGUGCAUUUUACAACUCAGAAGCUCGUUUUUCCGAUGUGUCCGGCACCACAAUCACACGAUAGAAGGCGGGACAUAACGUCGGGGUGAAUUUGAUUGGAUGGUAAUCUUUGACAAAGCUAUUUAAUUGGUCCAGAAUUUAGUAACUGCUCCCUGAGUGCAGGAUGAGUCAUCAGACAUUUGAAACAUUCUACAGGAGGUGAAAAUACAGUUAUUUUGUUUUGAAAAUACUCCGAUAAUGAUACAUUUGAAUAAUAUUUGGCAGAUAUAUGGACAUUUAACACAAGCAACGCUGGAUUAAAACAGGGAACAUGUGUUUUUUCAUUUCAUGGGGACUUUAGGGUAAACUUUUUCUGCAUGCGUUUAAAAUAUCAAGGAAAAUACAGGUGACCAUUUUGUACUGGAAAAAAAUAAAGGGUGGAGGUGACUUUUAAAGUCUUUUAAUAAUGUUUGAUUGUCAGUUUAAGUGUUUCAAGAAGGUAAUCAAACAUGCCAUAGACACAUAUCAAACCUUCCGCUUGCAUAAAUAAUGUAUAAAGUGUUUUAUACUGGAACAUUGUUUUCUUACAUCAUACAUCGGUGCAAUAUUCUCCACUAUAUAUAGAAGAGUCAGUAUGUAUCUGCGAUGUUAGAAUAGAACAGUACAGGGGUGGAAAUGACAGGUUUUAUUCCUAAAUGUCAUACCUGUCAUUGAAAUAUAUAACACCGGCAAUAUAAUGACAAAAUGACACUUAAAUAACGACUUUAGCAGUACUGAGAAUUUACCUGACAAAAUCAGAACACAUCCGCCUUUCUCUUGUGUUUGAGGGCUGGAUAUUGAACAGGGAUGCUUACUGGUGCUUUGCUUUAAUCACAGCAUAAAUAUCAAUUUGUAUGUUUAAAAAGUAAAGAAAUGCUUAAGAAACUGGCCUUACAGUCGGCUGACACAUUUUCUAUAACAAUUUUACGAAGGCAAUCAAGCGAGUAAAAUCAGAGUCUGCUUCUGGAAGCAGAGUGAGAAAACAAAUGUUGCACAGAAAAUUGUUUACUUGAUCCCAUAAUGACAAGAAAGAGACAAAACAAGAUUUUACAAACAAGCCAUUUUUUGAAGUAUCUGCACUGAUUUCUUUUUUAUUUACAGAUUACCGAUUCCUUAUUUGUAAGCCUUCUUUUGAUUUUCUGGUCUUAGCUGGUUGGUUAUCUCUUCAAAAACACACCUAAAAAUGGUAUUUUGUACAAUAAGGCAGCAUUUUAUGUGGUUUUGGACAUUGGGAUGCACAUUUUCUGAAUGAGAUUUACACAUACAGUAACUGCCACGCUCGGCUGAGUCGUACAGCAUCACUCACACUUCGGUGAGGAAAUGUGUCACAUUAUAAUAAGUGAGAAAACCCACUUUUUUUUUCUCAUCUACGAAGAACCAGGCUGCAUAACAUCCUGUCUUUCUGGGCACUACUGAAUAUAUUUGCUCUGGAUUGACUACCCCCCCCCCCCCCCCCCCAACAGGUUUAGCGGUAAACAAAUCUUAUAAUGUCAGUCAGGAGGUGGGAGCCCACCCUGCUGCUGAGCACAGGCCAGAAGUUUAGCGCUCCAGGCGUCUACUGAAAAUGUUAGAUUCUGGAGAAGUUGUUGACCUUGUCUGUCUCUAAACGGCACCUGGCUGCAGGGAAGUUGUAUAAAAUUGGUGUGUGUGUGUUGUAAUGUACACCUCAUGAGGCAGGGACCUGGUAAAGGUGAGGAAAAGCCUGAAGAAACACAGCUCUGCUCCCACUAGUGCCGCUUUUACACUUUUAUCCCCCCCUUUAUUUCUCCCUUUAUCCCCUCUUUCUGUCCUUAUUUAUUCCUCUACCUUAUCUUCACCUUUCUCCCUCAGCAUCUCCUCAUGCAUUUCCCUCCCUCUGUUUCCCAGCGUCCCUCUCCUCUGCAUGCACUCAAGUGCUCCUUUGUUCCUCUCCUGGUUUUCAAUCUGUUAUCUUCCACUCCUCUCUCUCUGGAUCUCUCUCCCCCCCCUCUGCUUUUUUUUUCUUUCAGUGUAUGUAUCACACACUCUGUUGCUAAGGCUCUCAGUCCUGGGAUCAGUAGCGCUGAUGAUUUUCAUUCCAGCUGCCUAAUCGAGAAAUGAUUUUACACCUGGUGAAGGCAAUUAAGUACCUGGUAGGGAAGAUGGGCCAUCAGUAAUGUGGCUCCUGAGGCCGUGGGCUGAGAGUGGCAGCUGCACUGUGAACUAAACAUUCCCUACUCGGUUUGUUUACAGGUGCGAGGUAACAAGGAUGACCUCUUAAGAACUGCUGGUUACAACCUUUGACAAUGAAUGGAACAUAAUGCUGUUGACACCAUGUGAAAUGUCACUAAGGGAGUUUUUGACCCUGUUUGCACUGCCCACUUAGAUUUUAUUUGUGUCUCUAACAGCUGCACUCAAUUCAACUGUGUUCAAAUUUGGGGAAAAAAAACUGGAGGUAAACUGCUGGUUAUGUCAGAUGUGUCUUUUAAGGGAAAACACUUCUGAGAUCAAAUGUGAAACUUCAGGGCAUUUUUUUUAUACACAGAUUUUGAAUAUUAUCACUGGAAAGCAAGAACCUGAAAUCAUGAAGCCUCACACCUCACACCUCUCAAACCUCAAAUCCUCACUUCACUAAGAAGCACGGUGUUCAUUUGAAUAUACUUCAUUGCAUUUGUUUAGAAUUUAUCAAUCGUCUCUGCCUUAUUUUUAUUUAUUGCCAUAGAAACCGUUUCUAAAAAGCAUCAUGGCAACAAUAGAGAUAGUAGUCAUGAUAAUAAACAUGAUGGAAAAGACAGUAGUAAUAAUAACCAUGAUGUUAUUGUUUUAAUUCUAAUGUAUCGCAGAUAUACUCUCCUAUCUUUUUAAUGUGCUUACUUUCAUUAUUUUUAUCUUCAUGAACUGAUGUAGUAAUGACAUGGAACUGUACAAAUGUAAAUAACUUAUCAUUACUGGUGAUGUUUGUCUAUGAACACGACCACUUUGUUCUCAUGUAAAUUACCCUCAAGAUAAGGGUUUGUGUACGCUGUUUGUUGGCACACGCCAGAUUCAAACACCACAGCAGAGGUGAAGAUUUUGGCAAAUGCAGUGCGAGAUCUGAGCUGUUACCAAAGCGUUUCAGGCAAUAGUUCCAGUAAAAUGAACUUUCUGAUUCUCAGAUGUGAAGGCCAUUUGAAUCGCUCAUUCUUACCCCCCCCCCCCCCCCACCUCUUUGAAAUCCAGCCUUUGCACUUUUGACUAUUUAUGCUUGAAAUGACUUUGAAAGACGUUACUUUGCAAUCUUUUGCCUAACUGUGUCUGAAAAGUGGACGAUGGAUGAUGAUGAUCUCUUAAAGCUGCUUUUUGUUCACAUCAGUACAAAGUUUUUAAGUAUGUCAAACUUUUAGGUAGACUCAUACUGUGAGCUUCUGUCAAGCGAGUCCAUAUAUUCAUUUUGCACCAGAAUGUUAAGGGAAACAAAAAAAAACAGACUCAAUACAGUUGUUUUUCUGCUGUCUUGGUCCUUUUCAUCACUUUUGAAAAUAUGUCUGACGAGAAUUGUUUGAUGGGCUUCUCUUGUCUCAAAAACCUUGCAGUGUGUGUUUACCCAAAGUAUUUCUUCUCUUCAGUUUGUGUCCAAGAUAGUUUUUUUUUUUAUCACCCUCACUGUUGUUUGUUCUUAUGAGAAGUGUUUUAUCAAAAGAUCUUUUUGUCCAACGUCUCCUCAUUGUUGAUAUUUAAUACAAAUAAAAUGGAGGAAAACUU